AUUACCGGGGGCUGGCUCGUCCCCGGUCGCAUUAAAGCAGGAGCUGCAGCAGCUGCUCACACAUCAAAGGAUCUCCUUCCCUUACUCGCUGCAGCCCUCGUCUUCGGCAGGUCCACUGGACGGUGGAGCAUUUUCAUUUUUAAUUUAAAAUUUUUUUUAGUCCGGGCUGCAUAACGGGACACAACGGACAUACUCAGAAUUUUCCUAAUCCACGUGGAGCCGAGUCGAGAUGAUGCACUGAGGAGACAACAGCACAGGCUCCCCGGUUGUGUUCAUCCUGAGGCUGCAGCGAACGGAGGGGGGAUUGCGGUAUAACAAGGUUAAUAAUCAGUAAAGGUCGUCUCUGUGAGCGGGAACCGACCUGAAAGAGUGAAUCUCGCCCCGGUGUGGGGGGAUCGGCGGAGAAUCAAGCCUAUAAAAAAUUAUGGCCACCCUACUGCGGAAGAUCGGUCUGAUCCGUCUGCACGACCGAGACACCGAGGAUCCAAAGCACCACCAGGGCUCGUUAAAGGGGACCAAAGGGAACCAGAAAAACAACGCCAACAAACACUGUCAGACCGCUAACGAAACCAACAUCCUGAGUACCCCGGAGAUUAAGGCGAGGAAGCUGGAACAGCACGGCAAGGACAAGCCGUCCGGCAAGGAUAAGCAGGGCAAGGAUGCGAAAGAGAAGCAGCAGACGGGAGGAGGCGGGAGUAAAGCGACCAGUGCCUCCUCCAUACCACCGCUGGCGCCUCACCGGCAACACUGCACCCAGGUCCGGACGCGGAGGUUGAUGAAGGAGCUACAGGAGAUCAGGAGGUUAGGGGACAACUUUAUCACAGUGGAGCUGGUGGAGGACAACCUGUAUGACUGGAACGUCAAGCUGCACCAGGUUGACAAGGACUCCGCACUGUGGCAGGACAUGAAGGAGACCAGCACUGAGUUCAUACUGCUCAACGUCACCUUUCCCGACAAUUUCCCCUUCUCGCCGCCUUUCAUGCGGGUCCUGACGCCCCGGCUGGAGAACGGCUACGUGCUGGACGGAGGGGCCAUAUGCAUGGAGCUGUUGACCCCUCGAGGAUGGUCCAGCGCCUACACGGUGGAGGCGGUCAUGAGGCAGUUUGCUGCCAGCCUCGUAAAAGGACAGGGCCGUAUUUGUAGGAAAGCAGGGAAGUCCAAGAAAGCUUUCAGUCGUAAAGAAGCCGAGGCCACCUUCAAGUCCCUGGUGAAGACCCACGAGAAGUAUGGCUGGGUGUCCCCGCCCGUGUCCGACGGCUGAGCGCUCGGCCGGCGAUUCCUCGACCCCCGCGCUAGCCGGACAAACCCAGCUAGCCCCGACACGCAAAACGACACACCACGCUAACUCAACAAUCUCUCAUCUCCACCUUUUGCUGUUUUACCCCAGAUAUUUUUUUCUGGUUUUGUGUGUCCUCGUUGCUUUUGCUUUUUGUCAUCAUCUUCACCGAAACUACUGUUGGAGAGCUGAAAUGACGCCAUCAUUGUAGCUCCUUCACCAAGAAAACCUCCCUCUCGCCCAGGGAUUCUUUCUCCUAUUUCAGAAAGGCCCGAGAGGGAGGUGUAUGCGUAUGUGUGUGUUUGUCGCUCCAUCAGACUUUACAUGGGAGUGUGUGCGCGUGCAUCAGAGUGCACGUUAAUUUUUUUUUUUGUUGUUGUUGUCGUUUAUUUUUGUUUCCCAACGCACAUCCAUGCAUGUGCAAUCGGACAAAUCAGACAGUGUGGAUUUUUCCACCAUGUUAAAGACUACUGAAUGAAGGAGACCUGUCUCCCUCUCCUGUCCUUGCCACCCCAACGUCUUUUUUUCCAUCCUCCGUUCCUCUCUUCUCUUAAGCACUGAACUGGUAUUACACCCCACCGUCUCUCUCUCUCUCUCUCUCUGUAGCUGUCGGGUCAUUUACAUAUAAAUGAAGCUGUUAAUGUUUAAUAGACGGGGAGCGCAGUGGCGUUUAUUCUCACUAUUCUCACUCAUUCACUCCUUCAUUUCCUUUUUCUUUCGACUGUGCCGUUGCUCACAGUUCAAUGCAACAUGAAGAUUGUAUUUUACAUGGAGCUGUGCUCUCUCUCUCUCUCUCUCUCUCUCUCUCUCUCUCCCUCUCUCUCUCUCUCUCUUUCUUUCUUCAACUCGCUUUUUUUCUCUUUUUUCUCUCCGUCUCUCGUGACUAAAUUUAGAGCUCACUGUUGCGUAGGUGGAUAUUGAUUUUUAAUGGAGAAAAAACGUCACAUGUUGCUUUAUGCAGAGACUAUGUAUGAUAAUUAGGAUGACAGGCAGUCACUUCUCUUUCUUUCUCUCCCUGCUCUUACGUUUGUGUGUGUUGUAGUGAAAGCAAGAAGACUAUAAUUCCCAUGAUUUAGAUACCAGAUGGUACAGCUGAAGGCCAGGCCUCGGUAUAUGUGUGUGCGUGUGUUUGAAGAAGGGAACAACACUCUUUUUAAAGAGAGAGAAAUAGAAUUUUCUGUGAAUGACACUGAAGCCUAAAGGGAGGUUUUCGUUUAGUUUUUUUGCUAAAUUGUGCGCCAUCUUGCUCCAUUGUCUAUGUCAGCUCCUGAUAGUUAUUACUGUAAACACGUGUGCAGUUGUGACCGAAUAUCUACGUGCACAUAGCCUCGUCUGUCUCUUUAAAAUCCAUGUAAAGGUUGGUAGAAAAUAUGCUUCGGAUGUUUAGCUCUGAAUACACACACAUUCACAUGACACGCACGCACUCCUUUUGCCCGCGCACCUACGGACACGGCAGCAGCGGCGGCGGCAGUAACACCUAGAAACUUAGCCAGGCAGGAGCUGGAGCGCCGCUGUGGAUGGAGUGGUGUUUUUAAAUGAGUGCACGCUUCAGAGCCCGUCUGAUUGAUGUCUGCUGAACGAGAGAGACUGAGGGCAGCCGGGAGAGGAGGAAGAGGAGAAGAAGAACAGAGGGAGAGAAGGGAAUUGCGGGAGCUUUGAUCACUGCUGGCUGCUUUUCGAAAAUGUCAGGUGGCUUGCAAAAUGGCCGAGGACAGAUAUUAGCUGCUGUACCUGCUGUGAUUACUUAAGAGGCACUGAGUUCCAUCGUUUAAAAAGACUUUAUAAAUAUCUAAUACUAACUGCACGGCUGCAGCGACGUCAGUCAAAAUCAGUCGAGGGCCUGCUAUCUGUCCAUCCAGUCCAGUGGGCUCCUUGUGUGUUUGUUUUGCUAUCUGCCAGUUAAAUGUCAGAGGGAAAGCUGCUAAUUGGUUUGACAUUUCAGCAGAGCGUCAUUAGAGAAGAACAGCGAGAGCACAAGGAUGGAGGAUGUCAAACCUCCCGCUCGGUACUGACAUUUUGCCACUUUCCUCUCCUGCUCUGUUUGGAGGGAAGGGGUUUAGGUGAGGGGAGGUUGGGGUAUUGGAACAUCCCAGUGCCAGUUAGCUCUCAGUGGGCCCAAUCGUCGAGCGGGUUGUUAAAACUGCAGAGACACGCUGCAACGUUUGGGUUGGGUCGGCCUCAAAGCUCCCCUUGUGCUGCGUUCGUGGUCAACAACAAAUGCCCGUCUGUGUUCGAGCGCACGUGCAAGCAAAUAUGUGCAUUAACCUCCCAUCAUGGAAAAAAAAAAACGGCAAAAGAGAUAAAAACAAUUCACCAUCUGGUAUGUGAUCAUGUAGGAAAAGCGUGUUUAGUCCUCUUUGAAUUUGGCUCGUCAUUUCAGGGUCGAUUGUAUAGUGAUCUCUCGACUUGUCAGCGGAGAAAACUGUAAACUGAAUUAUUAUUAAGACAAAAUAUCUCGAAAAGCUGAGUGUUUGCUGGUUUCAAGAGAAUAAUUUUGUGAUAUAGUUUAGACUGGUAGUUUGCAGACACUAACUGGGUGACCUGAUUAUGUUGUAUUAUAUCUGCAUGUGAUAUGUGAUUGGUAGCUAGCUACUGUAUAUCUUUUUUCAAGAAAAGCAAGAAAAAAUAUGGGGAAAAAAUGCAAAUGCUUCUCUUUUCUUGGUAAUAUUUUUCUUUUCUUUUUGGGUUUCUGUAAUGUAUGUAUUAUUUUCUUUUCUUUCUCAAGCGUCCUAAAUAUGUCACAUUGUGUUAUAUGAAUGUUUGUGUUUUAAUUUAUUUGUGGUUUGCCAAAAUGAAGAUUUGAAGCAUGUUGCAGGUAUUGUCACAAGAAAACGAGAAGAAAAAAUAACUACUAUGAAUGAUAGCCUAUGUAUUUGUGUGAUCGGGGGAGGUGUGUUUAUUUGGGGGGGAUUUCAGGGAACAAAGAAGGAUAGAAGGUUUGAAAGCCUCAAGAUUCUAAAGGAAGUACUUAGGGAGCGCAUCAAAGUGGAAUGAAGACGAUUCCCUUGCUCCUUUGAAUACUUCCUAGUCCCCUCCAUGAUGUCACUACUGUCCCUUCCCCGUUGGUCCUGCUCUAGACAGUGAUUUGGCUUGUGGGUAAUGCAGUCAACACAAAGAUCUGGACUGAAGUUCCCCUCAGUCACAGAUCAACGAUCAGUAUAACUUCCCAAUGCUCCUAAUCUAACUCACAAAGGGAAUCUGACCUGUGAUCAGUUACUCUGGGCAACUAUGUCCCACUCCUGACUCGAGUGUUUGGACGAGACCGAGGUCGUAAAAUUUCAAAAAGGUGAAAGGUCGUCGCAAGACCAAACAGGAAUGUGCAAUAAAAGUUACAGCUUAUUCAAACUGA